CCAGUGAGCCAAAGGGCCAAAUGAAGAAGAGUCAGGACCAGGCCAGAUUGCAGCCCCUGUCCAACCCAGAGCAGGCCCUGACUAAGACCUUCAAGCUGCUCAACUCUGCCUCUGAUGACUGGCAGAAGAAGAUCGAGGGCUUGACCUCUCUCCGUGUGAUGGCUCAGAACCACAUGGACAUACUGAUGCCUAAACUCCAUGAUAUCUGCCUUGCCAUUAUAAAUGAGGUGAAGAACCUACGCUCUGCAGUGUCCUGUGCUGCCAUGGCCACACUGGGUGACAUGUACGUUCACCUCCAGAGGGCCAUGGACAGUGAGGUGGAGGGGACGGCACGCGUGCUGCUGCACAAAGCCAGCGAGGCCAACACCUUCAUCCGGCAGGGUGCCAACUUUGCCCUGAGUCACAUGGUGCAGAGCUGCACCCCUACCCGUGUCAUGAAUGCCCUGCUGGUCGGUGGGCUGAGCCACCGCAACGCUGCGGUGAGGAGCUGCACUGCUCAGCACCUGGAGAGACUGGCUGAGGUCAUGGGGAUGGCUCGUCUCCUGUCGGGGAAGAAAGACCUUACUGACCGCUUCUUGAUUGCCGUCAGUAAACUGGCUGUGGACCCUGCACAGGAAGCCAGGCAUCAUGGUCGCAAUAUCUUGAGAAACGUGGCCACCAAUGGCGACUUUGCUAAAAUGUGGGACAAAUUCGCUCCGAGGAAAGAGCGAGAAUCCUUGAGGGAGGUCAUCUCAAAGGUUAACCUCAAAGAAAGGAAAAUCUGAAUAAUCCCCAAUUUGACUAUAUAUUUGUAUCUAAAUAUUUGCACAUUUCCCAACCUGACUAUUUUCCCCUCCAGUCCCCAAACUCCAAUAUUUUCGCUCAUUUUAAGAAAUUUGACACUAUCAUCCAAACCCCCAUGUAAAUACAUCUUUAAACUGCAUUGACUCCUUGUCCAAGUCCUGAAUCCACUAUAAGGCAAUAUGAACCACAUUCAAAGCACUAAAUUACCUUUCCUCAAAGCUCCUAUCUGAUCUACCAGCUCAAUAGUGGUCUACUGAAACCAUGCUCACCAUCUCAGGGGGUGCUCAGAUCAUCAACCACUGACCUCCACACCAUCCUCAAAACCAGCAGUCCUCUUUUGGAGGCAGAUUGGUCAGUGCUCCUGUAUGGCACCAACAUUGUGGAUUUUCAUCCAAUACUUCUGGACUAUGACAAUGACUUUGGACAAUAAAAUUUGGUAAAAUGGAAGCUGGCUCCAGUCUCAGUUUUAUCUUACAAGACAGUGUGAGGAUGUGUAACAACAAUACCUGUGGUUUAACUUGAUGAUCAGGGCCAGAUUACCGAAUGGUCACGCAGGGCACCUGCCCUGUGGGCCCCGAUCUCCAGGGAAUAUCAUCAUAACAUCCAAAACUAAAAGUAUAGUGGAUGUAUAUUACAGUACGUGGACAUUUUACAAUUCGUGAGCUCGAUUCAUAAUUUGUAUCCAUGUUUAAUAUAAAUUUGUGCUCAUUUUGUAGAAAUUCGUGAGCAUUUAAAAAAAUGUAGUGAGGAUGUUUUAUAUACAUUUUCUUACUGGUCCUCUUCCAUGCCGUCCCUAGGAGGGGUGCGUCACUUGAGUGGGUUGAGUCACUGACGUGGUCUUCCUGUAUGGGUUGGCACCCCCCCCUUGGGUUGCGCCGUGGCGGAGAUCUUUGUGGGCUAUACUCGGCCUUGUCUCAGGAUGGUAAGUUGGUGGUUGAAGAUAUCCCUCUAGUGGUGUGGGGGCUGUGCUUUGGCAAAGUGGGUAGUGUUAUAUCCUGCCUGUUUGGCCCUGUCCGGGCGUAUCGUCGGAUGGGGCCACAGUGUCUCCCGACCUCUCCUGUCUCAGCCUCCAGUAUUUAUGCUGCAGUAGUUUGUGUCGGGGGGCUAGGGUCAGUUUGUUAUAUCUGGAGUACUUCUCCUGUCUUAUCCGGUGUCCUGUGUGAAUUUAAGUAUGCUCUCUCUAAUUCGCUCUUUCUCUCUCGGAGGACCUGAGCCCUAGGACCAUGCCUCAGGACUACCUGGCAUGAUGACUCCUUGCUGUCCCCAGUCCACCUGGCCGUGCUCCUGCUCCAGUUUCAACUGUUCUGCCUGCGGCUAUGGAACCCUGACCUGUUCACCGGACGUGCUCCCUGUCCCAGACCUGCUGUUUUCAACUCUCUAGAGACAGCAGGAGCGGUAGAGAUACUCUUAAUGAUCGGCUAUGAAAAGCCAACUGACAUUUACUCCUGAGGGGCUGACUUGCUGCACCCUCGACAACUACUGUGAUUAUUAUUAUUUGACCAUGCUGGUCAUUUAUGAACAUUUGAACAUCUUGGCCAUGUUCUAUUAUAAUCUCCACCCGGCACGGCCAGAAGAGGACUGGCCACCCCUCAUAGCCUGGUUCCUCUCUAGGUUUCUUCCUAGGUUUUGGCCUUUCUAGGGAGUUCUUCCGAGCCACCGUGCUUCUACACCUGCAUUGCUUGCUGUUUGGGGUUUUAGGCUGGGUUUCUGUACAGCACUUUGAGAUAUCAGCUGAUGUAAGAAGGGCUAUAUAAAUAAAUUUGUUUUGAAA